UGGGCCAUCAGUUGACCAUUUGCGGUACGUUGCUGCCACCUGUUGGGCAGGAUAAUUCGCUGCACCCAUGGUUUUUGUCACAGUUUUGGUCAUAAGCUCAUUCACUUUCACAGUGUGGUGUCUGGCGUAUCAUUGACACUCGUGAGUGCUUUCGGUUGCGUUUCUGCCUCGGAAAUAUAUGUCUUUUCACAAUAUUAAGACGGGUGUCCUCACAUAAAAACAAGAAAAGACAAAGCCUUGUGGUUUAUGGAGGUGCAUUCAAUGUUAGCUGGCUGUCGGGCAGUGCACAAAGGAAACGCACUGUUUUGGGCAGUACAGUGAAAAGACAUUCACACAUCGGGCUGGAACACCAGAAAACAGCACUAGGUAAAAUGAGUCUAUGGUCAAGAAAAACAUAUCAGCAUGACGACGUGCGAAAUGAGUCUGCAGGAGGCGAACAACGCCCGGAGGGAAGGCAACCUCUGCAAACAUUCGACGUCAAAUCGCUGUCAUCACGAGCAUCCAGCAGACCUUCUCUGCGUUCAGUAUCAACAGCUUCUUCUGCUACAAAAGCAUACGCCAAGGCAAAGGCAGCUACAGCAGCAUUAGCUUACGCAGAAAAGGAGGCUGAUAUAAUGCAACAAAAGGCCAACCUGGAGGCCAAACUGCAUUUAUUAAAGUGCCAAAAGGCUGCUGCCGCCGCUUCAGCUGAAGCAGCUGUGUAUGAGGAAGCUGAAAGCGGGGAGUCCAUGCCAGUACGUCGUAUUAAAGAGGAGCCGAUGGAUGUCACCCAACGCACUAGUGAAUAUGUUCACCAGCAGUGCGAAAACUUCUGUGAACAAACUUCGAAGUGGGCAUCAGAAAGACAAGAAACGCAAGUUAGUGACUAUGGAGCAACUGCACCCAGAGCAGCUGCGUCAUCCAAUAUGCAAAAUGCAGGUGACCGACAAAUUAAAAAAGAGAAAGCUGACAUUUUUUCUCCCAGUAAUCCCCAGUCAAAUUCAUCUGGACAGCAUCCAUCUGGAUUACAAAGCGGACAAGACUUUGCAAAAUAUCUGAUUCGUAGAGAAAUUAUAAGUUCUGGACUAAUUCAAUUUGAUGACAAGCCGGAAAAUUAUUGGUCCUGGAAAGCGUCAUUUCUCAGCGCUACCAAAGAUCUUAAUCUAUCAGCAAGAGAAGAGCUGGAUUUGCUGUCAAAAUGGCUGGGCGUGGAAUCAUCACAGCAAGCAAAAAGAAUUCGUGCUGUACAUAUUCUUAACCCAGAAGCAGGAGCUCGCAUGGUAUGGCAACGUCUUGAAGAAAGUUAUGGCAGUCCUGAAGUCAUCGAAGAUGCUCUCCUCAAAAAAGUGGAACAAUUUCCUCGGUUGAGCAAUAAAGACAAUGCCAAGUUGAGAGAUUUGAGUGACAUAUUACUCGAACUGGAGUGUGCUAAAGAAGAUGGUGCACUACCAGGGCUCACAUAUUUGGACACAGCACGGGGCACAAGACCUAUAGUAGAGAAGCUUCCUUAUAACAUCCAAGAGAAGUGGAUCACAUUUGGAAGUAAGUACAAGGAGGAUUACACGGUUCCUUUUCCUCCAUUCUCCGUAUUUUGUGACUUCGUACAGCGCCAAGCAAGAAUAAAAAAUGAUCCUAGCUUCGCAAUGCACUACGUAAGCAGUCAAUCAUCACCCAAAUUCGAAAGGCCUGUCAAGCAUAGUGGUAAAUCUUUCAUCAACGUACACAAGACAGAGAUCCCGGAUGAGCCACCAAACAGCGAGAGCAUCACGCCUGCCACAGAAUUAGUUGAGCCGGACCGUCAGUGUCCAAUACACAAAAAACCACACCCAUUAAAAAAGUGCAAGCUGUUCCGAAACAAACCACUAGAGGAGCGCAAAACCUAUCUGAGAGAUAAUCGCAUAUGCUACAGAUGUUGUGGGUCUACACAACAUAUGGCAAAAGACUGUAAGGUGGUUGUAAAGUGUAUUGAGUGUAAUAGUGAAAGACACAUAUCAGCUCUGCACCCUGGUCCACCAGCUGAAGCUACACACCAGAGUACAACCAACAAAAACGACAGCGGGGAGCAAAGUGAAAGCUCAUCGUCGUCAGUCAACUCCAAGUGCACAGAGAUUUGUGGAAGUGAUAAUGGCUCACGUUCAUGUUCUAAGAUCUGCUUAGUGAAGGCAUAUCCUGCUGGUCAAAGAGAGAAAGCCGUUAAAGUGUAUGCUGUGUUGGACGAACAGAGCAACAAGUCUCUUGCUAAGACUGAAUUCUUUGAAAUUUUCAGUGUGAACUCUCAGAUGAUGCCAUACACACUGAAAACAUGCUCAGGAAGAGACAUCUUAAGAGUGCACAAAGUAAGAGAACAGAUCAACGGACCAGAUAAUGCUCCUUAUGCACAACGGCUGGACCUAGGGUGGGUCAUCAUCGGAGAUGUGUGCCUAGGAACAGUCCACAAGCCUUCAGAUUGUCCAAAUGCUAUCAACGUCAAAGAAGACUACAGCAGCAUGCAGAAACAUCGUCGUCUAACACCACAAGCGAGCAAGGAGAACAAGCAUGCGUUACCGUGCACCGAUACUCUUGGAUGUUCAGUGUUUGAUAGAACUCCAGAUGAUAAUAAACCAGCUUCAUCAAUAGAUGACAACGCAUUUCUAACUCUCAUAGACUUGGAGGACCGCUACGUCGGCGUGACAGUGUGA